UCAAAAGCUCAAAACAGGGUAAGGUACUCCGUUUUAAGCUGGAGAUAAAGGAGGAAAGAAAGGAGUGAGAAUAAAAAGAUCUGUAGAAGGAAAAUACUUUGACGGAAGGAGAAUCAGCCGCAGAGGACCUGAAACAGCAAGAAGGGAAAAAAGGCCAAAUCAGGGCUGAACUGUGGAGAAAACAGGAGAGAAGACACAAAGCAGAGUUGUAAAUUUAGAAAAAAGGACUUUUAGGAAGAAAGGAAUAAGGAGGAACGAAGAGCGGAGAGCGACACUUUCAAGAGACGAUUGAAAGCAAAAGACUAAGAGCGCGACGUACCGUCAGACAGCUGGCACUGGAUCCACAGAGAAAGAUGCAUGCCCUCCUGAUGCUGGGCUGCUUUGUCCUCGCUGUAACACAGUACUGCCCCGGUUCAGCCCACAUGAUUCCAGAUGACAGACUGUCUACAAAUAGGGUUGUUGCUUCCAAUGCUUUGUCUCAGAGCCUUCAGAUAGACCCGCCCCCUGUUGUUAUUGUGGAGCUGACGAAAUCUGCAAAGAAGAAAGAAAAAGCAAAAAAGCAAAAAAAGGUUGGUAGUAAAAUUGUGAGGAAACGUCCCCCUCCUCCUGCGAACUGCAUCCCCCUCUGGGGAAGCUGUAAAUCACCAGGCAUUGUGUGCUGCGACUUCUGCGCUUUCUGCCAGUGUCGGCUCUUUAAAACUGUGUGUUUCUGCCGAAUGGGGAACCCCCGCUGCUAAACGGGCAACUGAGGGCCUGCAAAGCUCCACAUCACUGCAGUCCAGCUUCCAGUGAGAGGAAAACACAUGCAGUGAGUGGUGAAAGGUGACUCACUUCUCAACCUUUAUUUGUAACUUUGCCUAAAACUCACAGCAUGAAAGCACUUUAUCACAGAAGACUGCACCGAAGUGAACUGUACAAAAACUUAACAGAGUGUAAGGCUUUCAGCACUGCUAUGAAACUUACAAAUUAAAGUUUUGAUGUUUCUUUCCGCUGAGCUUCUAGCACACAUACAUGAAAUUAUUAUGAUCAGGCAGUUUUAUAUGUUAUGUUUAAACAUUCCAUAUAAUAUCGUAAUUACAAGGGGUAAUAAUAUUAUGACACGUGCAAAAAUAAAAAGCCUUUGUGGCCAAUUAA